AUGUUCCUCAGGCAAUUGACCGGCUUGUUGAAGCCUUCCACAAUCAGCACGCUCAUUGAUCCACUCAAAUCAGUACCACUAGCCGCACGAUGGAGCAACGUGCCUGCAUUUGCAAACCUUCGUUGGAAUAGCACUAGCGCUGCUGCCACAGCCAUCUCCGCAGACAAAUCUACCAUCGAUACCGUAAACCAGCAGCUAGAAACUGGAUCAGAAGGAAGAUUGUUCGCCGUCGUCCAGUUGUGUGGCAAGCAGUUUAAAAUCACUUCUGGCGAUAUAAUCGUCGUUGAAGGUUAUUGGCCUCCGGAGAAUGGUGAUCGGUUGCGGCUGGAUAAAGUGCUGCUUGCAGGCGGCAAGGACUUUUCGCUUAUCGGUCGUCCACUGUUAACUCCCGGACUGGUUGAUGUACAAGCUACCAUUAUCGAGAAAACGCUUUCCCAUACCCGGACACAUUUUCGCAAGAAGCGCCGAAAGCAGUACACUCGUAUCAAUUUCUACCGCACACAGCAGACGAUGAUUCGUAUCAAUUCGAUCGAUAUUACGCGAAAGCUGAGUGAAUCGAGCUUGGGCAAGGAAACUAGCGAGGAAAGAUUUUUCUAG